ACCCGGGAAGUGGCCAUUUAUCAAUCAGAGACUUCGCCACAAGUGACACAAAGUCACUACGAACUUCUUCAGUAAAGACAUACUGAAUCAAGCUAUUUUUUUAGCGAACAAUUAAUCAAGAAUACGGAAAAAUGAACGGGCUUGUAGUUGCAGUGGUUUUUGCAGUUUGUAAUGUGAUUUCAAUCAAUGGACAAUUUAUUCCACAGGGAGGAUUUGGUUUUCCACCAAAUGCAGGUCCAAAUCAAGGAUUUCCUCCUAACGCGGGACCCAACCAAGGUUUUCCACCAAACAACCAAGGAUUUCCUCCAAAUGGGCCAAAUAUAUUACCAAAUGCUGGAGGUUUUCCUCAAAAUAACGCUCAAGGAUUUUUUCCCAAUGGACCAAACAAUCAAGUUCGGCCAGGGAGAUUCCCACCUAUAGGACCGGGUCAGAGACCAGGAGUCGGAACAAUUGUGUCUGGAAACAACUUCAUUUACGGAACCUGUUACUUUAACGAGACUGGUUCCAACGUCAGAGGCAGAGUGGAUAUCAGGCAAUUGAGAACAGGCGGACCCUGUCAGGUGCGUGUUCAGGUCGUCGGUCUACCCCCAAGCCUGAUGAGUGACACCGAACAUGGAAUUCACGUGCAUGAGUACGGAGAUCUUGGAAGAGGGUGCUAUGCCGCUGGACCUCACUACGAUUCAGAUUCAUUUUCUUUUCAUGGAUCUCCAAACAACCUUGGAACUGGUAACAGUCAUGAAGGAGAUAUGGGCAAUCUGCGACAAUCUAACGCUGGGGUCAUUGAUGCUGAACUAACAUUACCACUCAUGACUCUAGCUGGGGACCUAGGAAUCGUUGGUCGAGCCAUCGUGCUACAUGAAGGUCGCGAUGAUUUGGGACGAGGCGGUAAUCCCAUGAGUCUCCAGACCGGAAAUGCCGGAGCUCCAAUCGCCUGUUGCACAGUAGGCCUCUCUGACGCGUCAAACUGGAACAGUCCCUUUAUUCCAAGUUCUAAUGGUGGUCUUCAAAAUACUGCAGCAGCAAGUGGCCAGUUUUCUUCGUCAAACACACAGUUUAAUUCGAAUCCUAGAGGACAACCAAGAACCGUACCAGGAAACACACAAAACCAGCCAUUUCCUGGAAAUUUCCAAGGGAAGUAAUUCAGACACUGUGGAUGCUAUAGGUGAAGUUGGGUAAUAAAUCAAUGAAAACACGGGUAUUUGGUGAUUUAUUGACAUCAUCCUCGGCAAAUGUGAUAAGUGCAAUGUGAAUCUGGUGCGUGUUGUGAUGUUAUUUGAUGCGUUUCUCAGAGAGAGAGAGAGAGAGAGAGAGAGAGAGAGAGAGAGAGAGAGACAGAGAGAGUAUUUAUUGUUUAUUGUAUUGUAUUGUAUAUUGUAACACUUUUUAUGACUUUAAUUUUUCUACAAAUAAAAAUAUGAAACCUACA